GUCUGAUCAGCCAACCAUGUGCUCAACUAUGAAGUUGCUGAGAGUCCUUGUGCUGAUUGCCCUCCCCCUUUACUGCUUUGCAGGUUCUGGAUGCCCACUUUUAGAAAAGGUGGUUAACAAAACAAUCGAUUCUCAAGUGAGCACGGAUGAAUACCAAACUUUCCUGAAACCCUUCUCAGAUGGUCCUGGCACUGAUAAGGCCCUAGCACAACUGAAAGGAUGUUUUCUCAUCCAGUAUGACGAAACUCUGAGCAGGGUUGAAGAGAUGAUGAACAUAAUAUAUGAAAGUAAGUGGUGUGCUGCAUUUUAACCUUGCACAUGACCUUGGGCACUGAGGACCAUAGAGAAUGGACAGAAACUGACUUCUGAUUAAUAGGAACCACAACUUUCUUU